AUGUCUCCUCCCGAUCAGCCGGCCGACCGUUCUAGCCAGCCUGGCACCUCCGAAAAUGCGACUGAGUCCGCCACCGGCGAUGUGACGGGCGGCCCCCCGGUCACCGAAACCCCGCCACCGCCACCGGAAACACAACAGGCGCCCGUGCCGUCACAGGGCUCCGACGGCCCGGGCCAUGAGAGCGAGGACUUGAUUGACCUCGGAAUCGAGACAGAAGUGCACGGUGAUGCGAACCAUGGGGUGCGAGGAGGAGCCGAACCCCAAGACAGACAUCAUGGCGAGCCUUCAGAGCCCAUGUCCUCUUCGAUGGCCACCUUGAGACCAAUCACUUCCCCCACCACCACGACUGCGGCCCAACACCUCAGCAUAGAAUCGACGCCCUACGUCGACCCGACGCCUCCCACCCCCAUAUCCUCGCAAGCUCCGUCCCGGACUCCCUCAAAUGCCGCAUCCGCCGACAGACAUUUCCGCAACAUUUCCGAGCCCUCGCCAACCGGAUCUGAUACCGGAUACGAUGAGAAGAGGUACGCCAGCGAGGAUGAGCAGGAGACCGGAUCCAGAUUGGAGAUCCAGACCAUCAUGGAACAGUUCAGCGAGGAAGGAGGUGGGCCCGGGGCCGAAGAGGUCAUGAGUCCCAGGCUCGAGAUGGCGUCGCCAAUGUUGGGGGGCCCAAUCCAGCAUCCGCCGCGUAAAUCGAGCCUGGAACCCCUUGCGCCGACCAUCGUCCAGCAGCUCCAAGACAUGCAGAGUCUUCGUAUGUCAAGUUCGUCCCCGGUGAACUUGCGGCACAAGGGAAAGGAGUCGGACGAGCAGGCACCACCAGUGCCCCCGAAGGAUGGCUCCAUCCCCCCGGGAGGACCGCACGACGAGAGGCGGGGCAGUGUCGAUUCGCCCAUGUCUCCGACCAUGUCUUUGCACCGCCCACCGCCGCCGGAACCGGAACCGGAAUCAGCAUUACCCUUCGACUUUCACCGUUUCCUCGAACAACUUCGAAACAAGAAGGCAGAUCCCGUAGCUAGGUACCUAAAAUCGUUUCUCGCCGAGUUUUCGAAGCGGCAGUGGAUGGUUCACGAGCAAGUCAAGAUCAUCAGCGACUUCCUCGCUUUCAUUGCGAACAAGAUGGCCCAGUGUGACCUCUGGCGAGACGUAUCAGACGCCGAGUUUGACAAUGCUCGAGAAGGCAUGGAGAAGCUGGUAAUGAAUCGAUUAUACGGUCAAACCUUCUCGCCGGCAAUAGCACCCCCUCGGCCCAUUCCCGGCGCAAAACCCAAGAAACGAGGUGGGGAGCCGCCAAUGGGUCCCGGUCGGCGAGGCCAGCAUCAAGAAGACGUCGAGCGGGACGAGAUCUUGUCGCAGAAGAUCAACAUCUACUCGUGGACAAAGGAAGAACACCUCGAUAUUCCACCUGUGAGCGAGAGCGGGAAACGAUUCCUGAUGCUGGCGCAGCAAGAACUGCUAAAAAUCAAGUCAUACCGAGCGCCUCGGGACAAGAUCAUCUGCGUCUUGAACUGCUGCAAAGUCAUAUUCGGUCUCCUGAAGCACUCAAAAUCCGACUCUUCUGCUGAUUCCUUCAUGCCAAUGUUGAUCUACGUUGUUCUUCACGCCAACCCCGAGCAUCUAGUCUCAAAUGUCCAGUACAUACUCAGGUUCCGAAACCAGGAGAAACUGGGUGGUGAGGCGGGAUACUAUUUGUCGUCGCUGAUGGGAGUGAUCCAGUUCGUCGAGAACAUGGACCGGACGACGUUGACCAUAACCGACGAGGAAUUCGAGGCCAACGUCGAGGCAGCGGUAUCCGCCAUUGCCGAAAAACACCGAUCCGAAUCCCCCCAGCCUCCUCCCUCAGAGUCCGAAAAGCCGUCGAGUCUCCAGCCCCCCCGGGCGGGCGAGUCGUCCUCGUCCUCGACUCGGCCGUCGCUCGAUGUCGACGCGUUGCUUCGACCUUCCACGCCGCGCCGGUCCAUGUCCUCGAACGAAGGGAGGGACAGCGCCGAGUACUCCGGCGGCGACGAGAAGGCCGCCAUCGGCGGCCUCUUCCGCUCCAUCCAGAAGCCCCUCAGCACGAUCGGGCGCAUCUUCUUGGACGAGCCGUCUGCGUCGGGGGCGGAGGCGGGUGCGGGGGCGGGGGUGGGGGUGGAGGCAGAACCGAGCUUCGCAAGCCCGGCGAGGACGCCGCAGCCCGAGCGGGUCGGUGGUGGCGAGCAACCGAAGCGGCAGAUUCUGUCCGCCGAGGAAGCCGCUGCGCGGCAGGCGAGCGCCGAGGCGGCGGAAGCUCAGCGCCUCCACCGGGCGGAGCAUGCGAAUGUCGUCGAGACCCUCGCCGGCAUGUUUCCGGAUCUGGACCGCGAGAUCAUUAGUGAUGUCGUCUACCAGAAGGAGGGGAGGUGA